AUGCCUCGCCGUCAGUCAUCACCGGCGAUGUCGGAAAAUGAAUUCGACAUCACUGGUGCUUUGUUCCAGGACAACGAUGACUCCGACAUGGAGAUUGGCCAGAAGGCCUCCAAACAAAAGAUCGACCACAACCAAGAUCUUGACUUUCUGAACGCCGACGAUGAUGGCGAUGCUGCCUUCAUUGCGACACAACAAGCCUCAGCGAACCGAAAAGGCUCGAACCUCAAAGGCCGUACCGUGAAGAAAGGAGGCGGUUUUCAAGCCAUGGGUCUCAACGCCAACUUGCUCAAGGCAAUUGCUCGCAAAGGUUUCUCGGUCCCCACCCCGAUUCAGCGAAAGACGAUACCUGUGAUCAUGGAUGAUAAAGACGUUGUGGGUAUGGCCAGAACCGGUUCCGGAAAGACCGCAGCUUUCGUGAUUCCAAUGAUCGAAAAGUUGAAGAACCACAGUCCUACUUUUGGUGCUCGUGCUUUGAUCAUGUCGCCUUCACGUGAACUUGCUCUACAGACUCUGAAGGUCGUGAAGGAAAUGGGCCGUGGAACGGACUUGAGAUCGGUUCUGCUUGUCGGAGGUGAUAGUUUGGAAGAUCAAUUUGCCAUGAUGGCUGGAAACCCCGAUAUUGUCAUCGCCACUCCUGGUCGAUUCCUUCACUUGAAGGUGGAGAUGGAUCUGGACCUCUCGAGCAUUCGCUACGUCGUCUUUGACGAGGCUGAUCGUCUCUUCGAAAUGGGAUUCGCCGCUCAGUUGACCGAAAUUCUCCACGGCCUUCCGUCUGCUCGACAAACCCUCCUCUUCUCCGCGACACUGCCCAAGUCGCUUGUGGAAUUCGCUCGAGCGGGUCUUCAAGAGCCAAGCCUCAUUCGUCUGGACGCCGAGACGAAGAUAUCUCCUGAUCUCCAGAACGCCUUUUUCUCCGUCAAAUCUUCUGACAAAGAAGGCGCUCUACUUCACAUUUUGCAAAACGUUAUCAAAAUGCCCACGGGCCCGACAGAAGUCACGCAAAGGUUCAAGGCGGAAUUAGAGGACCCCAAGAACCGAAAAAGAAAACGCCCCCACGCUGGCAAGUCGAUCUAUAAGGAAUCGCCCACUGAGCAUUCAACCAUCGUUUUCGCGGCGACUAAACAUCACGUCGAUUAUCUCUACUCUUUGCUGAUUGAGGCCGGGUAUGCGACGUCAUACGCCUAUGGUAGCCUUGACCAGUUGGCACGAAAAAUCCAGAUACUAAUUCUCUCCUCAAAUCUACAGGUUGAAAAUUUCCGAAAGGGCAUCUCCAACAUUCUGGUUGUCACGGAUGUGGCUGCUCGUGGUAUCGAUAUCCCUAUUCUCGCCAACGUCAUCAACUACGAUUUCCCGUCUCAACCCAAGAUCUUCGUCCAUCGUGUUGGUCGUACCGCACGUGCUGGCCGCACUGGUUGGAGUUACAGCCUGGUGCGCGAUGCCGACGCUCCGUAUCUGCUUGACCUACAACUAUUCCUCGGCCGGCGACUUGUUCUGGGUCGUCAGUACGGCACGGAAGUCAAUUACGCGGAGGAUGUCGUCGUCGGAUCCCUUCCGCGUGACCCGCUAUCUCAGAGCUGCGAAUGGGCUAGCAAGGUGCUCAACGAAAAUGUCGAUAUUGCUUCGCAGCGCCAAGUGUCUGUCCGUGGUGAGAAACUGUAUAUGCGCACCCGAAACGCAGCAUCCUUGGAGAGUGCGAAGCGAGCAAAGAAAGUCACAUCCACGGAUGACUGGUCCACGUUACACCCCCUUUUCAAUGACGACGAAAGUCGAAUGGAAGCGGAGCGUGAGAAGAUGCUCGCGCGUAUUGGUGGCUUCCGUCCGGCAGAGACCGUCUUUGAGGUGCAGAAUCGACGCGGCGGCAAGCAAGAAGGCGGAGAGGCAAUGGACGGAAUCAAACGCCUCCGUGCUACCGUGGACAAGAAGAAGAUCCGGGCUCAGCACAAAGAGCAAUCUGAGCUGGCCGAGCUCGGCAUUGCUGUCAGAGGGGCUGACAAGGGCGAUGAGGGUGAGAGUGAUGAGGAUAUCCCCGAUGAGGCGGGAGAUAACAUGUCCGAGGCCUCCGAGGGCGAACUGGAGGUGACUUUUUCGGCCUACAACCAGAAAGACAAAGCUUCGAGCAAGACGAGCGGCGUCUCAGCCAAUGCCUUCCAGAACCCUGAUUAUUUCAUGGGAUACACGCCUGCGAAUCACAACAGUGCAGAAGACCGAGCGUACGGUGUCCACUCUGGUACAAACUCCAACUUUGCCCACGAGUCUCGUAAUGCUACCAUGGACCUGAACGGUGAUGAUGGACAGAAGAACUUUGGCGAGAACCGAUCGGUUAUGCGAUGGGACAAGCGACACAAGAAGUACGUCGCCCGUCAAAACGACGAGGACGGAUCCAAGGGAACCCGUCUCGUGCGCGGAGAGAGUGGUGCAAAGAUUGCUGCCAGCUUCCGCAGCGGACGAUUCCAGGACUGGAAGAAGGGCAAGCGUAUGAGCAAUCUGCCUCGCGUGGGCGAGGCGGAAACUCCCGGUCUCACCACGGGAUCGGGCAUGCCCGGUGUCCACGGUCCUGGAGGCCGCUUCCGUCAUCAAAGGCAGCAGGCUCCCAAGCGUGCCGAUCCAUUGCGUGCGGAUUAUGACAAACAGAAGAAGAAGAAUGAGAAUGCCCGAGAACGCCAGCAGGGCCAGGUUGGGGGUGCAGCGACUCGUGGCAAGAGCGAGAUUCGCUCCACUGAGGAUAUCCGUAAGGCGCGAAACCUCAAGCAGAAGCGCCGUGAGAAGAACGCUCGACCUUCCAGGAAGCGCUAG